AUGGCGUCUAAAAAAAUUACUGUCAAACGUAGCCGGGAACCGAGCGAAAGGAGCGUGGACACUCUCCCCGACAUCGCGUUAGCAGCUAUAGCUUCAUAUAAAAAGCAAAAAGAUGUGAGCGAUUUUAUUAACUUCCUUCUAGGGUCAUUAGAGCGCAAUUCGGAUUGGCUCAACGGCGUCGUCAGCAAGCAAAAUAACUUUAAAUGUGCCUUCAUGGUUGGAGCGGGUCCUAAUCGCUUUCAGCUUCAAGGAGUUAUUUACCCAUCCCAAGAGGAGGAUCUGAAAAUAGAAGUCGAGCUUAAAGACUCCGAGGACCAUGACAAAAUUGCCAUCGCAGCACUUCUGAAACUUUCCAAUCAAGAUAUCGAUAGUCUACUGAAGUAUAUAAAAACGCGUUUGUUUGAUAACGCUUUGUUGAAGGAUGAUUUAUUGAAAGGCAAGGCGAUGGGGCUGAGUUUUGCGGUGCUCCGACCGCUUUCAGAGAGACAGUAUCGGGUUAUGGAAAGAAUCGUCAUAGGUAACCCUGUGAAAUGCCCCAGUCCGGUGAAGAAGAGGCGACGAGAGGAAAAAGCAUUGUUCGGACCUGCAUUAAAGAAAACCAGACGGGUAGCGGGCUCGUUAUUGUAA